AUGCGCGACGUCGCGAGUCAUCACGCGCCGGGCAUGGGACUCUGUAUCGCUGACCUCGAGACGCGGCGGAACAGCCCGCGCGGCGGGAGACGAGCACGCGCCUCUAUAUCAGAGGCGGCUCGCAGCGUCACCAUCAGUCGAGCAUCGACCGUCGCACAGGACGCACGCAUGCGCCCCCACUUGAGCCGAGUGCCGAGCGUUUCGGCGAUGUUGCCGCGAGUGCUGAUGUACCUGGCGGUCGCGGCCGCCCACUACCCGGCGCAGUCGCCGUGCGUUAGCGGCGAGCUGACGGUGGCCGAGCUGACGAACGCCCGCAUAGAGUACGUGAAGCAGCAGAUACUCAGGAAGCUGCGGCUGAGCAGGAAGCCGGCGGUGGCGGUGCCCGUGAACAGCCUCCCGAUGCCCGUAUCUCAGGGCCAGACCCUGAGCGGCGGGUCGGAGAAGCCGCCGGAGUUCGACGACUACUACGGCAGGACGGAGCAGAAGAUCAUCUUCCCCGUCGAAAGCGAAUGUCUGACAACUGGGAGAUAUCCAUUCAUCUGCCUCCAAUUCGAGCUGCCUCCUGACGUCGAACCGGAAGAGGUGACCGUCGUGGAACUUUGGUUCUACAAGGAGCCGGAUCCACUGGACGAAUACAACCAGACGUUCGUGAUAUCUGAGGCGGCGCAUUGGGACAGCCAGCAGCAGUUCAAGAAGACUAAGCCCAUCGCCAUUAAGGAGACGGACAUCGGAGAGGGCUGGGUCCGCGUGGAGCUCGCGUGGGCCGUCAGGGUCUGGCUGGAGGGGAUGGAGAGGCAGCACACGCUGCACGUCGCGUGCAGAACUUGUCAGCUGCGCCGAGCACCGCUCUCGUUCCACAAGAAGCACCGGCCGUUCCUGGUGCUGUACACCAAGUACGCCGGCAAAAGGCGGCGCGGCCGCACCCUGGAGUGCGGCACCACCACCAGCGAGUGCUGCCGCGAGCCGCUGUACGUCAGCUUCAAGGAGCUGGGCUGGGACGACUGGAUUAUCAGACCCUCGGGCUACCACGCCUACUUCUGCAAAGGGACCUGCGCGCCCACGCCGUGUGCGCAAGCCAGCAUAUCGGCCGAAUGUUGUAAAUAUUUCUACUCGGUGUCGAACGAAAGGAGGGCGGAGUUUAAGCCUUGCUGCGCGCCGACCACAUUCAGCUCUCUGCAGUUGCUCUACAUGGACUCGAAUAAUACCGUCACACAGAAGACUCUACCAAACAUGGUGGUGGAAUCUUGCGGUUGUAUG